UUUUUGUUUGAUUUUGAACCAUUUUGAACUUGAACAUUUUUGAAUUAUUGAAUUUGUGCUUUGCUCCUCUGCUAAACUAAAGUAUAAAAAUGGUGGUGUUUACAUGCAAUUCCUGUGGAGAAAGUUUACGCAAACCCGCAGUUGAAAAACAUUACAAUUUUUGCCGCUCCGCUAAAAAUUUAACCUGUGUUGAUUGUUUUAAGGACUUUAGGGGAGAAGAAUAUGUAACCCAUACUAAAUGCAUAACAGAAGAGGAGAGGUAUGCAAAAAAAGGAUCGAUGCCCAAUGGAAUAGUAAAAAAAGGUGAAGUAAAGCAGGAGUCAUGGGUGGAAAUGAUAAAAUCAAUUUUGGAGCAAUCUAAUUUAAAACCUUCCCACAGAAACCUAUUGAAUACCAUUUGCACCUACAGUAACAUUCCUAGGAAAAAGCCUAAAUUUUUGAACUUCAUCAAGAGCUCCUCUGGAGGUCGUGUAAACAUGAGAGAAGUAGAGGAAGUAUGGAAUAUCAUAGAAAGUUAUAAAGCUAAAAAAGCAACUAAUCAAAAUAACACUCAACCAACUAAAUCUAGUCAAGAUAUAACUCCAGAAGUAAAUAAAAGGAAGAUAAGCGAAGACAUUCCUAAUGAAAACACUAAAGAUGAAGUACCAAAAAAGAAAAAGAAAAAAGAAAAGUUAGCUGAUACUACAGAAAAUGGUGAUUCUAAUAAGAACACAGAAGAUGGGGAGUCAAAAAAGAAAAAGAAGAAAGAAAAAUUGAAUGGUGUAGGUGUAGAAAAUGGUGACUCUAAUGAGAACACAGAACAUGAAGGGGCAAAAAAGAAAAAGAAGAAAGACAAAUUAUCAACUCAGGUUGAGAAUGAUAAUACUGUACAAGAAACUUCACAGGUUGAAGAAGAGACUGGGAAUGAAAGCUUCAACUACACCACUAAAAUAUUGGAUAUUUUAGCAAAGAAAGGAACAAUCACCUUAGAGAAACUUCAGAAAAAGGUAAUCAAUGCAUAUCUUAAACAUUCUGGAGAAUCAGAAACAAGCCCUAAAAUUAUAAAAAAAUUCAAUAAGAAAUUGAAGAAGAUUGACAGCAUAGAAAUUAUAAAUGAUCAGGUUUCUUUGAAAGUAAAUAGUUAAUAAAUAAUUUUGUUUACAUAAAAUAUUUAAAGUACCAGUACACUUUAGAAGACCAAAAAUAAGCAUUUUUUGAAGAAUUUUUUUCACCUUUAUUAAAAAUGAACUUAAAACUUUUUACAUAUUAAUAUCUUAUCUAUUUAUUUUAUUUUUACGGAUAUACCAUUUUAUAUAACUCUUAGAGAAUACAAAAAAUAUAUUAUAUUUGUUCAUUUAUGCACAUACACUAAUAUUGUAGAGGGUGCCAAAGUCGAGGUUUCGAAAAAAAGUAGUUCGGAUGGCGGACAGUUAAUCUAAGGAUUGGAAUCUCUAAAACAAAAAAAUCAUACGGCAUUUGAAAAAGGAACGUUUCUAACGUGACAAUUUACCACCGUUAGUGGAAAAUUUCGCAAAAAAGAAUUAUACAGAUAAAUGUUUGUGAAAAAAUCACCUCUUUUUCUUCAGUUUUUCAUGGUUAAAAAAUAUUUGAUUUUUAAUUUUUUUGCCAAAUUGUGGUAAAUUGUCACGUAAGAUACCUUCCUACACAAUUUUUUUGUUUCAGAGAUCCCAAUCUUGAGAUUAACUAUCCGCCAUCUUUUUUCGAGGCAUCUACUUUGGCGCCCUCUACAAUGCUAGUGUACGUGCCUAAAUGAAAAAAGAUAUAUUUUUUUGUACUCUCUAACGGCCGGUUUCACAAAGUAAAGUUAGCUUGUGGUUAAGAGAUAACCAGAGGUUACCCCAAAAUAUGCGUUUUAGUUUCAGGUCAACGGCAAAGUAUGGUUAACUCACAGAAUGUUUAACCAGAGGUUGGAGUGGGUUACCCUUAUGGGUAUACCCAGAAGGGUAACAAUUAUGAAACUGAAACGCAUAUUUUGGGGUAAUUUUGAGGUUAUCUCUUAACCACAAGUUAACUUUACUUUGUGAAACCGGCCGUAAGAGUUAGAUAUUAAUGUGUAAAAAGUUCUGUGUACAUUUUUAAUAAAGGUUCUGAGAAAAAAAUGCUCUUAUUUUUGGUCUUCUAAAGUGUACUAGUACCUUAAAAUUGCUGUUUUAAUUUAAAAUAUGUGUAUAUUUUUACAAUAUCUAAUUUUAAGAAUAAUUGACAUUUAAUUAUUAUUAAUAAGUGAUGUGAACAUUCAGAAAACUAGCUUUACAUGUUUUGUAAAACAGUAUUUCUAAAAGUAAUAAAUAUAUGAAUAAUA